AGUAGCACAUGCACUCAUGCAAACUUGGAUUUCCUACUUUGGAGUCCCACUUCGAAUAACAACCGACCUUGGAGGACAAUUUGAGUCAGACCUUUUCAGGAAGCUCGCUGAUCUCCUCGGUUUCAAACAUCAACGAACAACGAGUUAUCCACAAUCAAACGGACUUAUCGAACGCUUUCACCGACAACUCAAAUCAUCCCUUCUUUGCCACAACGAUAGUUGGUACGAUGCACUCCCUGCAGUUCUCUUAGGACUACGAGCUGCAUUCAAAGAAGACAUCCAAGCCACACCACCAGAAAUUGUUUUUGGUGAGCCAGUCCGACUCCCGGGUGAGUUUUUAACACCAUCAAAUAAAACAAUCGAAGCACCUGAACUCGUUAAAACGCUAAGAAAAUCGUUUCAAAAUCUAACGCCUACGCCUGCUUCUCGUCAUGACCGAGAGAAAAUCUUCAUUUCGAAGGAUCUCGCAAAUUCAACGCACGUUUUUAUUCGAAACGACAAAGUAAAACAAUCAUUUUCAUCACCAUAUGAUGGACCAUUCCCAGUUAUGGACAGAUAUGAAAAAUACUACAAAGUGCUACUAUAUCUAAAACCUGCACACAUAUCCAUCGAUCACCUAAAACCAGCUUAUCUUUGUAGUGACGAUAUCGAGCACCUACAAUCCAAUCCGUCUGGAUAUAACCAAUGCAACACAACUACCAGCGACACAAAUCCUUAUGUUUCUACAACAAUACAUAGAAGUCAAAAAAGAGGGAGAUAUGUGGCGACACCCACAUUAAACAUAUCUUUAAAAUAUUUAAUUCAUGCAUUGAUAGGUCAAUACUAAGUUCAUUUAUGUUAG